AAGAUCUCUCUUGGCGAUGUUUGCAAGGAUAAAUGAUCAUGACGAAAUGACUACACCGACACUGAUCCGAGUCUUCCCUUUUGCCGGUUGCUAUCUCGACGGUCGCUCUACGUGGACGAAGUGGCACUACAAAUGUGACGCAAUUUUUUAUCGAGAGAAGUGGCUCUACUUCUUCAUUCCGCAUUUCAGUGAAACUACAAAAAGGUAAAAGCAAUCUGGCUGUGACUGUAUAUUAGCAUUACGAGAUAAAAACGAAAUCCGCCUCUAUCAGGACGCUCUUUUACAACUUGACACCUUGCUCGAGCAUUUUGUUGCCCACACAAGGUAGGUUCUGUCUCUGUUCGGGAAGACUGGAGAAGAAAAUCAUACCAGCAGAGCAAAGAAUAGAAGCGCAGUGCUUUGGAGCUUCUUUAUCAUCUCGCUCCCAGACAAGCAGAUAAGGAAGGGAAAACUGUUGCUGCUUGUGUUGAGCUACCUAGUCCUAAAUUUAGCAAGUUCUUGGACUUCUCACCUGGCAAGUAAGUGAGUCAAAGUAUAACAUCAUGGCAUCCCUCCGUCGCGUACUUGCCGCCGUCGGUGCGGGCAUGUCAUCUCUCCACUUCCGCAGAGAAUUACUUUUCGGCGCGCUCCUCCUGGGUGGGCGUGGUGCUUUUGAAUCCUCUGGGAUGAAUGCCAGCCACUCUGUUUAUCCGUUCGUGGUUGCUGUCCAGGUGCGGCCAUCUCGGGAGCCAAGCCAACUUUUGCACAAGAUAAAAAGCAAGGAUCUGGUCGGGGCGACAGAUCUUUUUUUCGAAAUGUUGAAAGACGGGCCGCUUCUACCCACUCCAGCAGAGUAUAAGGAACUGCGACGUGCACUUUUCGAGAUAAAGGAUUGGAAAGGUGCUGAGAAGGUGCGCCAUGCGUAUCCGUAUUUGUCGAAGGGUGUCAAGGCGCCGCAGCCGUGUGCAGGUUUGGAAGGAAAGACGGAGCUCGAAGCGAGUUGCGGCGGCAGCGAUGGCCAAGAACAGCACAGGGAGCAGGCAGCUGUAUCUGGUAAACAACAAGGGACCACAGCCGAGUAUUACCUCCGUCAAGUGAAGUGCGUAGAGGAAAUUCUUUCCAUUAUGAAUAGAAAGGGGAUCGAGCCGGACAUCUCUUGCUACAACACCCUACUGAGCGCACGCGCCAAGGCUGGCGACGCGGCGGGCGCGUUCGCGGUGUUGGAAGAAAUGGAAGCCGCGGAGAUCGUGCCCGACCUUGCCACCUACAGCACCCUGCUGGAAGCUUGCGCCGGCACACAAUACGGCGAAAUCGUUCUUGACAUCAUGAAAAUUCAGGGGAUGAUCCGCCGCGACUGCAACGAAAAGCAGGCCAAAGAAGAAUUGCUACGAAAAAUUGCGAAGAGUGGUGGGCACUGAGUCCUGGUAGAUAGAAUGAAAGAGUGAUUUACUACACAAAAGCAAACCCUCACCGGCGACACAUAGCGCACGACAGUGCUUCAUCUUGUCUCGUCGACGGAUGGCUGGGUGUGUGCGCUUGCCGUGUUUGCGCUAAGUACCCGUAUUUGUACUAAAGGAGCAAGACGUGCGGCGCUCUACUGACUGCCACAGAAGCUUUGCUUUCGCUUUUUGAUUUAUCAACCUGGCCAGCUACAUACUCCAGCCCAUGUCGUAUCCAGAUUCAGUUUCCUGGUCACUGUGAACAAUGUACAAUGGCAGAACAAAUAAGUAAGGCGCAACACAGUAGGAAGCUUUGGUGCUGAUGGGAGGACCAACGUCACCAGCAGUUUUUUCGCAGCAUGGAUUGACUUUAAAAGACACACGCUUUCGUCCGAAGCCCAGCUUUCAUUCUAUUUCUGUUGCAGAUCCGGAAAAAAUAUAGAAGAGGUUUUAUUUCACUUAUUCAAAUAUAGGAUGCCACACACAUAUCGACUAACAUUUUGUGUUGACAUUUUGAAAGAAGUAACGUCCAAAUAUCGAUUGACAUUUUGAAAGACGUAACGCCAUAUCGAUUAACAUUUUGAAAGUAGCGUCCUAUCGAUUGACAUUUUGAAAGAAGUAACGUCCACAUAUCGAUACUUAACAUUUUGAAUCUGUCUGGGGGAUUGAACUUGAAAUAAGGCGAAGUAUGUUUUUGUGUCCCGCCACUUCACCUGCGGGGACGGCUUAACGCGGAGAAAAUUCACCUGCGGGCACGGCUUAACUGCUGUGUAAAAACCAUUUCUCAAAAACUUUUUCAGGGACGUUUUUCUGGCACAUCCGUAUAAAGGUGAAGCAGUGGCCAAGGCUUUCGUUAGCACUUGAAAAGAGAUCGCUGAAAAAGAAAAAUUG